GAAACAUUUUUUGUCGUGUCAACACUGCAUUAAACGUCAACGUCAAAGUUGUCAAAUUCCAAAAUCAAUCAAUUCUGUCCUACUUUUGUGUUCAAUGCCUUGUAUUUUCCGCGCGAUUGAUUAAAUAAAAUCUUAAAUUUAUGAACGUACAAUGGCGAAACAGCAGGGUAAAGUUUACUUAGGGUACGAAGAAGAGGCAGUGGGUGAAAAAAACCAAACCUUAUUAAAUUACACAGUAAAUAAAAUUGGUGGAUUUCCCGAUUGGCCGCCUCUCGAGAACGUACAAUUUCCUUCCAAGUGUCAAUUAUGUGGAUUGCACAGAAUAUUAAUCGUCCAAUGCUAUGCUCCUCUUGAAAAUUCAGUUUAUCAUCGCACUUUAUAUCUUUUCGCCUGUAUCAAUCCUAAUUGCUGGAUUCAAUCAGAGAGUUGGGUUUGCGUUCGGAGCCAAUACCAAGAUAACUCCAUUAAACAGUCAAGUACAAUAGUGAACUUGCCUUCAGUUGAGACUAAUCUCAGUUGGUGCACGGGCGCUGAUGAAUGGGAUGAGAAUGACAAUGGGGACACCGCUAAUGGGAAUUUUAUGAAUGUGGAUAAUGCUCCUAGUCCUAAUAAUGGCAUGCACAGAAAUUCUGAUGAAGAUGAAGAAAGCAACUCCUUAGAAGUGGAAACUGUGGAGCAAGCGCUUGGCAACCUACAUGUGUUUGAUGCACACAAUGCUAACAUGUCUCCAGUGCAAGGAGCUGUGGGGGCUAUAGGAGUGCCAGUGGCCGCAGCUGAGCUGGAGGGAGGCGAUGAGCCGGGCCUCGUCACAGUGGACACACCCACUGCUGCCUCCAGCGAUAUAGAGGCACUCCUGCACCAGACAGCCGAGUUACCGCAGAACGUACGAAGCCGGCUGAUGUGCGCUCCGAUGCAAUUCGUGCCCAAAUACAUUUACGUUGAAGAAGAGUGGCACAAGGCGGCUAGCCAAGACGACAGGGUGACAGAAUUGCUCAACAAAUAUAAGAAAGAAAACGAACUAGAGGUAUGCGCCGGCGGCGGCGGCGGCGGGCCGGACGAGGAGCAGUACGAGGAGACGGCGCCGCUGCACGGCGACCGCCUCUUCCACGCCUUCCUGUCGCGGCUCCGGAAGAACCCGGGACAGAUCUUAAGGUACUCCCGGCUGGAGGCGCCGCUGCUGGGCGCGCCGCUGCCGCGGGCCGCGGGCGGCAGCCGCUCGCCGGAGUCGCCCGGCGCGCCCGCCGCCUGCGCGCGCUGCGGCGACCGCCUCAUCUGCGAACUCCAACUGGUCCCCGAGUUCGCCGCCACCCUCUCGCUCCCGCCCGUAGGCCUCGCGUCGCCCCCUCCCGCUCUCUCGCACCUGCACUUCCUGUCCGUGUUCGUGUUCACGUGCGCUCAGAGCUGCUGGCAGCCGGGCGACGCGCUCGUGCCCGAGACCGUCGUCUUCCAGCCCGAAGUCGUUUAAGCGGUGCCGAGCGGCCGCGAAAUGUGUCAGUAGUACAGUACAGCGAUACCCUGAUGGCUGUCAUUUUAUUCUGUAGGUGUAGAGAAUCGCCAAACUUAUUAUAGCAUGAAGUUUUAUUCUGAUUAGUGUUAAACGGCGGACAAAUUCGAACACUAAAAAUAAAAAAGUAUAUAAAGCCUUUUGUCGAAUAGCCUUAACUACUAUCCUACUGUCACGUUUCCUUGGCUUCGCACAUAUAGGUGGCUUAAUCAAAAGUAAAGAUGCCAAACUUGCCUUUAAGGAUGUAAAAGAAAAGAGAUGGAAUGUUAAAUGUUAAAAUCAGUUAAUCGAACGUUAUAACUAAAUGAAUGUUUAAAGGAAACGACCACGCGUGUCCAUUAUUAAAUAAAUAAUGAUAUAAAAGCAGUGAUUUAACAAUACUAGUCUUCAAUUACGAAUAUAGAAAGCAUUUUACGUCUCACAGAAAUUUAGAAUAAUAAUGUUGCCAUUCCUAUAAUGUUCUAAUUCUAAUCGAUAGGAAUACCAUAAAAAUAGUCCAACAAAUAGUCAAUAACAUGUUUUCGUCCAUACAACAGUUGUAUGCAUUCUGGUAAAGUGCAUUUAGUGUCAAGUGUUACUUCGAUGUACUCCAGUAGAAUUAAGUGGUCUUUAAUCUCUAAGUUACAUAUAACUAGAGAUAUUCAUUUCUUUAAGCUAUUUAUUUUAUUUCUUAAGUGUGUGUGAUAUGAAAUCUUAUUUAUAAUUAUGUGAAGUGAAUGUAAACAUUCAUCUGUGAUAUAUUUCUCAGUAAUCAUGCUGUAUCAUUUAUAAGUGUUGUUUCUCUUUUGGCCAUCUUUGUGAAGGUAGAACCCCAAUCCAAGUAUUGUUAUUAAGUGGUGUUCUUAUUAUUCUUAUUAACCUAUAGGUUAAAUGUGUCAUCACAGCAAACGCUAGGGUAGAUGGUAAGCUAUUGUUAUCUUACAUUGUACUUAUGUUCAAUAUUUGAUAUACCUAUUUUGUGGCUAUAUAUUAAAAAUAUAUGUCUUCGUUUAAGCUGAACUCCUACCUAACUUCACGUUCUCUUAUUUCUUUAGAUCAUAAUUUCCUUCUUUAAAUAGAUGUGCAGUAAAAUGUGCAAUAAAGAUACUUCUAUGUUUAAUAAAUAUGUUCAUGGAGUCU